GAGAGAGAGAUCAGUGAUGAGAAUCAUUGAUGGGCUGCCUCCUGCACUCCCCACACUGAGGAUCGAGCGGGCAACCUGGGCAUGUGCCCUGACCGGGAAUCGAACCCCAACCUCCUCAACCACUGAGCCACACCAGCCGGGCCUGUUUGCUUAUUGACGACCGGAAGCCCCGCUGUCUCGGUGACAGAGGACUUGUCACGUGACGGUGCUGCCCUCUCGCCCACGGCAGAGCUGGGGUCCUGGAGCAGGGGGUCCGCCCUGGACACUGGGAAGAGCGAGCUUUGGAUGGGACUGAUGUGUGGGAACCCUCCCUCCGCAGGCCGGCGGGGCACGCGAUGCCCCUGAUGGUGGAGGAGGCCAUGCAGCUGCUGUGCUCCCUCUCGGAGGCGAGGAAGAUGAAGGCGGCCGUCAAGCACGCGGGGCGGGGCGCCCUGGUCACCGGCGCCGUGGCCUUCGUUGGGGGCCUGGUCGGGGGCCCUCCUGGAAUAGCCGUUGGGGGCGCCGUCGGGGGGCUCCUAGGGGCCUGGAUGACCAGCGGGCAGUUUAAGCCGGUCCCUCAGAUCCUCAUGGAGCUGCCGCCCGCCGAGCAGGAGAAGCUGCUCAACCAGGUCACGGCCAUCGUCAGGCACCUGGAGUGGACGGACGCCGUGCAGCUCACCAUGCUGGUCAUGGGCAGCGAGGCCCUGCAGGAGCGGCUGCUGGCGCUGCUCGUCGGCUACGUCACCAAGGAGCUGCAGGCCGAGGUGCAGUACGGAGACUAGGCUCAGGCGGGGGCACCGAGCUCGGGGAGCGCCUGGGGGCCCUGUGCUGGGGCCUGUUCUGGAAAAUGCUGAUGAAGCCGCCGUGGGCCCGGCCCGUGGGGAGCUGGCACCCGGCAGAGGCGCCUGUGGCUGACGCGGGGACAGGUUCUGCGUCCACUCUCCUGACACGGAGGCAGAGGGCUCAGCCGCUCGGCUGUGAAGGUGACUGCUGUCCGGGCGCCCCUGGCAGGAUGGGACCCCUCCGGGCCCAGGGACUCGGGGCCUGGCAGCCGGCCCUGCUGGAUUCCUGCGGCCUCCGGAGAGUGCCCCCUGCCCCCCUCGUCCCUUCCCAGGGGCCUCAUGGGGGGUGGGGGGGGCACCAAGGGCACCAGCCCAGCAGCCCGGCCUGACUCCCCCUCCGGGUCCCGCUGGUGAGGCCGCUGCUGCAGGAAGAGGGGCUCCUGGUGAAGUGGGGGGUCAGGACGACCUCGAAGAAGUGACCGCCCUCAGGUCCCCACACACUGUCCUGCCUUCAGACCCACAGCUCCCCGUCUGCAGAGCCCACACGGUUUCUGAACAGCCUUUCCCUCCGAUUCCUGGAAAGAUCUCUGACCCGGGAGGCGUGCCCACCCAACGCCAGGGACAAAGGAAGGCAGGGGGUGGGUGACUAUAAAAUGGAAGGAAGCUGGGCAUUUCUUGCCUGAGGCCACCUUUCCAAGCUGCUCCGCCUCCCUGUGCCUCCAGGGGGCGCUGCUCCGCCUCCCUGUGCCUCCAGGGGGCGCUGCUCCACAGCUCUGGGUGUGUGUGUGGGGGGGGGGGGGGGUCGGGUGCCCUCCUGCCCAGGAUGGUCAGACCCCGCACCUCCAUGUGCACAGAAAACUGGGGAGUGGAUAGAACCCCAGGUGCCUCAGGAAGGACGGAGCCUUUGGUCUCACAGACACUGCCCUCCAGCAGCCUGGGCCCAGGGUGGCCGCCUGCCUCCAUCACUCUGUGCUGCUCCAGGGCUGGGCAGGGUGGCCCAUCUGGAUGGUUCUACUCAGACAAGGUGACGGGGUUACUCACGUGGGGUGGCCCUCUGCCAGGCCCAGGGGCACAGGGGUCAGAGGUCCCACACCAAUGGCCACUGAAGCCACCCCCCCACCCCACUCAGCCAGCCUGCCUUUCCUCUGGGAAACAGUGUGGGGAGGAGAGGGCCCCACCCCUGACCCCGGGGGCUGGAGGCCCCACGUGUACUGAGCCGUCGCCCAUGACAAGCCGGGUCCUGGGUGCUGGCAGUGGCUUUGGCCCCAGAGCCCCCCUCGGCAAUGAAGGUACUUACCUGGCUCCCCUCAGGCGUGCUCAGCGCCUGGGCUUAUUUCCUUGUAAAAGACCUUCACUUAUUUAUUUUUGAAAAGGCCCCCCCCCCCCAAGGCUGGUACAAAUCAGGUACAAGCAUAAGAGGGCUCCCUCCUCCGCUGCCCCCUGCCCCGCCCCUCUUGUCAAUCAACGUCGUGUGCAUCCACUGGGUUUAAACAUGGCCUUUGAAAAUGAUUCCUUUCCCUUCAUUUGUCAAUGCCGAUUGCCAAAGACUUGGAAAAACACAGACGAGUAUAUAUAAUAAAAAGUGCUACGGAUUCCAGCACUCAGACAACCA